AAGCGCCGUGUCUAUCCUUUUCUAGUAAUCUCCGUUACUUAUCAUUGAGUUCUGUUAAAAUAGUAGACGAGAGCAUUUCCAAAUGGAUCUCAUGUUGCUGCAAAUGCCUUCAGGAAUUAGUCUUAUUUCUAUAGACGGUAUACAAAAUAUCUCCAUUGAAAGUUCGUCUUUAGUUACCUUUUAUAUUUUCAAUCGUGGUGACAUCCAUCUUACUAUAUCGGUUCAGAAACUUGAAACGAUACAUAUGUACUGGGGUGGUUACAAUGUAUUUGCGAGCAGAGAAAGCACGAAUAGCAACACAUCAGUGAAGAUUUUUGCUCCAAAUCUUAAAACUUUGAAAUGGAGAGGCAAAUUGAGGAAUAGCCAAAGUCUGGGACGUUUAGAUAGUUUGGAAGAAGUUGAGAUUUUAUUAGAGCCUCCCAAAAAUGAGUUUGACAAAGUAUUGGAGGUUCUUUGCGGUAUAUGCUUGGCAAAAGUUCUUAUUAUAAACGGAAAGACCAUUAAGGCUCUGUACAAGGAAGGCUCCACGCCAACACUAAUAUUGGAUAAUAUUCGGAACUUGAGUAUAUGUGAGAGCUUGAAUAAAAAGUUUGUUCUUGCACUGGUCUCUCUUCUUAGGAGAAUGCCUAAUCUGAAUAUUUUGUGCAUAAAGACUCGCUGUUGGAAGUUGACUUACAGAACGGCAAGUCACUUUGGUAAUGAAUACUGGAAACUGCAAAACCUUGCUUUCAUUCACCAACUCAAGGAGGUAAGCAUAGAGAAUUCCUAUGGGUGUAAUGAAAUCGAGUUUGAAAGGUAUAUUCUUGGCGUGCUCAAAAUUUGAAGAAAAUGAUCAUUGUUCAUCGUGAUGAAAAUGCUCCAUCAAAAGUUGCUGGGAUGAUGAGUAGGAGCAAGAUGAUUUCCAAUGCUUCAGUUCACAUUCGGCAGGACCUAGACUACAUCUACACUCUCUGGUCCGGGGAUCCCACAUAGCUAUUUUGAUGUCUCAGAUAGAGAUUCACGUAGCAUUUGAAAUCGAACCAAGAUUAGAUUGCAACUCUCAUCACAUGUUGCAUGACAUUAAUUGACAGGAUAUUUCUCUAGUAAUAUUUCCUUGAUAUUUCUCUCA